AUGGUCGGGCGCGAGGGGAAAGCUCAUUCGGACAAGCCACAGGACCUUCAAGUUCGCGAACUGGUGACGGUCGGUCAUGUUGAUGAGAUCCUGGUCAACUUCAGCACACCCCCCUUCCUUCCGACCUCGCAUCGCCCCGCCCUUCCUUGGCCCAUCCCGGGCACUGUCCAUGCACGGAGCGUUGGCAAUGGCCCUUCGAGCGCGGGAGAUUGUGCAUCCCGCAUCAUGCACUCCGGGGAAUCCUGGGUCGAGCCGAACAUGAACAUCUUGUCCCCUGUCAGCUACCAUCACCAUUGA